UUGCUAUGAGACCAUUUUGUUAUUUUCUGACUCAAAAUUCUGUGAACCGCAUUGGCUUUCUACAGCCACCCACAGAAAUAGUCAAAACAAUAACAUUAGGCUUUGAAAAAUCAAAUAUCUUAUUUAUGACCAAAUAUUAUUAGUAGAUUAUAAACAUGUCUGUAAAUUUGUCAGACUAUUUCAAAAUAUAUUUUGGCAAGAACCUUCGAGACCAGCUAUUGAAGGCCACGUCCGCAGCAGAUGAGAUGCUGGCCCCUUCCUCCCGUCUCCUGCAGAAGAGACGGGAGGCCAUGGAGGUCAACAAUGCUAUGACGCUGCAAAGAGAGGAUUUUGAGUCAACUCUCAGAGCCCUGAGAAUCCGCAAGGAUGAGCUCAUAGAGAAGGAGGGCCAGAUGAAGGAAUAUCUGCAGAAAUUUGACAAUUUUCUGAAGGAGAACGAGGUGAAACGAUGUCGUGCUGUUAGGAAGGCCGGCCGAGAGAGGGAACUGACCAAUCAGAAGAAGGUGGACCUGCUCACUCUCCAGGAGGAGAUGAAAGCUCUCGUCAAAGAGAGGGACCGUCUGGAGAAACGAGUGCAGAAGAAUGCCAUAUACCCCCAUUACCUGGAUAAAGUGGUACAGGCCAGUGAACAGUUUCAGGAGGCCAGACAGGUGAUGUCUCGCUACGACACGUUGAUGCUGACCCGGGAGGACCUGGUGCGGACCACCCAGCAGAACCAGGACAGCACGGAGAACGUCCGGGCCCAGCUGGCCCGCUUCACAGAGCAGAGCAAUGACACCCUGCUGCACUACAACAACACUCUGGCCCAGCUACAGAGCCAGCUGGACAAGGCCCGCGCUGAGGGCAUGAUCUGGGAAUCGAGAUGGGCCCACAUUCAGAACACAGCUGCCAAGAAGACACUGCUGUUGGGCACAAUCAAGAUGGCCACUCUUAAUCUGUACCAGUGUGUGUGCAAGAGGGCGAAAGACACUGGGGAAUCACCUAUUGCUCCAGAGGACACUAUUAAGCAGCUGGAGAAGAUCCAGACCUUCCUAGCCGAUCUGAUCUGCAUUUGGGAGGAGGUGAACAAGCCAGAUCAGCCAGGGCCAAUCGGACACAGAUAGAUGAUCCGUGUCAAUCAGUAGAGCUGUUUUGUAUGAAAGUUUAGAUUCUAUACUAUGUCAUUGCCCUUUGCUUAUCAACAAAAUUAUUAUUGCACUGAUAAGAUCAAAAAUAAAGAUAUUUUGAGACAUG